CGGUCGGCCUUUAUCAAAACCGGUGUAGUUUUUUUACACAGUUUCCCUUCUGGUUAUUCUGCGGUAGGUACACACGGGCCAGCGGUGUUUCACGUUUUGGGGAAAUCGUGCCAGUGUCGGCUGAAAGAUGGUUAAAAAUGCAAGUCUCUAAUCUUGUCUUAACACAAUUAUCGUUGUUAAAGUGUUAUUACAUAAAAAAUACCGGAUGUUCGAAAACAAUGCGAUUAAAAGUCAUUAAAAGUUCACUCUAAGAAUAGUGUAAAGUUUUGUGGUUUUUUUCUUCUGUGUACGUUAUUUUUAAUACAUUUUUUUAUACAUAUAAUGAGACCAACAAGUAGAAAUUAUUUUACUAGUUGUCAGUAAUAAUAUUGUUACCUGUUUAUUUUUUUCCCCACAAUAAAUCAUGAUAUUAAACGUUCAACGUCGUUUUGAAAUCAAACCAAAGACCAGCAGUCGGAUCGUGCAAACAAAGUCAAUUAAAAGAUCCGUAUCGAUGUCUCUGAACACCGGGUGAGACGUGCUGCGACUCCGGGGCAAACGUCAAUUCGGCGGAUACAAAAAAAACAUGAACAAUCAUUUAAGUUACAAGAUGGAGGGGGACAAGUCGACAAACUACAGCGAUGAGUUUUACAAGAACGUCAAGCUGAUCGGGUUCGUGAAAACCGAUUCGGAGACAAUACCCGGAUACAAAAACGAAGGAUUCCAAUGGGGCUCGUCCGACGACCUGUCCGGAUAUCCUCCGGCUUACACCACCCAAAGCGACAUGGUUCCCAAAAAAGAACCAGAUAACGACUCGACAGUAUUGCCCAUCUGUCUCGAUACAGUGCACCGGUGUUGCACGAAAAAAGUACUCUACAAACGACUUCCUAUUCUCCGGUGGUUGCCUAAGUACACGCUCAAAGACCAAGGCGUAUCCGACCUCGUCGCUGGAAUAACAGUCGGGCUAACCGUCAUACCGCAAGCCAUAGCGUUUGCCAACGUAGCCGGCUUACCUCCACAAAUCGGACUGUACUCGUCGUUUAUGGCGUGUUUCGUGUACACGAUUUUCGGCAGUUGUAAAGAUCCGGCCAUCGGUCCUACCGCCAUAAUGGCAAUCAUGACCAGAGAGAACAUACACGGCAUGGGACCCGAAUUCGCCGUGCUGUUGACUUUCAUAACCGGUAUCAUUCAGCUCAUCAUGGGAUUUGCCCAGUUAGGUUUUCUAAUUGAUUUUAUAUCCGGCCCGGUUUCGGCUGGCUUUACUUCCGCUGCGGCCAUUGUCAUUGCCACGUCUCAGAUGAAAGACUUGCUGGGCAUUAACAUCAAAUCGAGCUCGUUCAUUGGCGUUUGGGAUCAACUGGCCACGCACAUCAAAGAGAUCAGCAUUGGCGACGGAACGCUCGGCAUAACUUGCAUGAUAGUCUUGUUGCUGUUGCGGAAAAUGAAAGACAUACAGAUCGGACCUCGGGACACCAAGGAGAAGACGACGGCACAGCGAAUGUUAAUGUCGACCAUAUGGCUGAUUUCGACCGCCAGGAACAUCAUAGUGGUGGUAUUUUGCGCCAUGUUGGGUUACAUGUACGAAAAGCACGGGCGUUUGCCGUUUAAGCUUUCCAGUCGAGUGGAACCGGGCCUGCCCGACUUCCAGCCGCCGGCUUUCGAGACGACCGCCAAAAACGAGACCUACAACUUUAUCGACAUGGCGUCGAAAUUGGGUUCGGGCAUAUUGGUCGUGCCGUUACUGUCGAUUUUGGAAAACAUAUCUCUGGCCAAGUUUUUCGCCGACGGCAAAACCGUGGACGCCACUCAGGAGAUGCUCGCCCUGGGCGCUUGCAAUCUCAUAUCGUCCUUCGUCGGCUCAAUGCCCGUGUCCGGCGCUUUGUCCCGGGGUGCCGUCAACAACGCCAGCGGAGUCAAGACGACUUUCGGCGGGAUCUACACGGGCAUAAUCGUGAUUGUGGCAUUGCAGUUUUUCACACCUUACUUUGUGUACAUACCCAAAGCAGCCCUGGCCGCAGUCAUCAUUGCCGCCGUUGUGUUUAUGGUCGAGCUGCACGUGGUCAAACCGAUGUGGCGCACAAAAAAAAUAGAUCUUAUACCCGCUUUCGCCACGUUCCUGUGCUCGCUGUUGAUCCGGUUGGAAGUGGGCAUCGUGGUCGGUAUUGCCAUCAACGUGAUAAUUCUACUGUACACUCUGGCCAGGCCUAGGGUUCACGUGGAAAAACGAAAGAACGAUUUUGGACACGAGUACUUGGUGAUAACGCCCGACCGCAGUCUGGUGUUCCCUUCUGUGGAAUAUGUAAGGUCGGUGGUGACAAAAGCCGGACUCAAGCAAGGUCUGAGCUCCAUACCGGUCGUGAUCGACUGCAGGCACAUACAAGGAGCCGAUUUUACCGCAGCCAACGGAGUCAAGUCGUUGAUCGACGAUUUCGUCAGGAGAAAUCAGCCCCUGGUGUUCUACAAAGUCAAACCCAGUGUGAUAUCCAUUUUCCAAGGGGUCAGGCCGGCCGAGUUCAACUGUUGCGGUACCGAACAACAGUUGCACGACAUGUUAAAAGGUUAUUAUUUCAAUAGGGUACCGCCAAUGUAAAAUCCUAUUCAUCUGAUAAACAAUGAUCGACGACAACCGUUAAAUUGUGGCCCACCAACCAAAAAAAAAGCACAAAA